AUGGAUCGUCGCGAAGCCUGGAAGCAGACCGUGAGAGAGUUGUGUUUUGGCAAUGACUCUUCCGAUGAGGAAGAUAAUUUGUUCCUUGCCACUGUGAGCGCCUUGCAUGAGUCGGAGGCAUCACAGCGGGGAGCUUGGGGUGGUUCAGUGCCGGGCCGUCGGCGUAUCCAGCGGAAUCGCCUGGAGGGCCAUCAUAGGUUGUUUAAUGACUACUUCGCCGAUCACCCGGUGUACCCCGAUUACAUCUUCCGUCGCAGGUUUAGGAUGAAACGUGACCUAUACCUCAAGAUUGUGCAGGCAAUUGCGGACCAUGACCCGUGGUUCCAACAGAGGAGGAAUGCUGCAGGAGAGCUCGGCCUGUCGGCGUUUCAAAAAGUCACUGCGGCGUUUCGUAUGCUCGCAUACGAUGCUCCUGCCGAUUCUCUCGAUGAGUGCCUCCAGCUAGGGGAGGCAACUAUCAUUGAGAGUAUGAGGCGGUUUGUGCGAGCCGUCGUCGGGGUAUUUGGCGACGAGUACCUCCGUGCUCCGAACGAGGAGGACACCGCGUGCUUGAUUGCUGUAAACGAGCGAAGAGGGUUCCCCGGGAUGCUCGAAAGCAUCGACUGUAUGCAUUGGAGGUGGAAGAACUGUCCGACGGCGUGGUCUGGUUCCUUCACCGGCCAUGUGAACUCUCGACGAUCAUUCUAG